AUGUGGCUUCCACGUUCAUGUCGGCAAUGGGCCCCAUCAGAUGGACAUGGAUGCAUCGAGAAACUACGCGGCCCUCCAGUGGGCAUCCGACCCGGUGCUAUCUACACUCCAUUCCCGGCGCGAAGUUUUGCUCGUUACUCCAAGUCUAUCCGGCGCUUUGCUGGUGUUGAGCUGAGUGACAGCGUGACUGCAGACAUCGCACGGCGACAAGUCACAGGGCUGAAUUUCAUACCUCGAUACGUUUCAUGGGCGAGGAAGCUCGGAGAAGAUCCUGUUGCUUCAAACGUGGCACUGCUCCAACGUAUUCGCGAAGCCCACGAGAAGGAAAACGAUGGAAUAUUCCUGGAACCUGAGUGCGAAAGUGAUGGUUCCGACUACGAGUGCGAAGACGGCAGACCUUUCGAUCGGCCAAGGAAGGCCAAAGGAGUUCGGCGAGAAGCUGGUUAUAUGCCCUACGUCAGUGAGUUGAUCAAUGAGGACAAGGCUAAACAUUUAGAUGAUGAAUCCAACCGUGCCUGCCGAGAUCUACCUCCACAGCUCGAUUUUCCAGCCUCCCAGACCAUCACUUCUUGUAGGUCAUCUGAAGGCGUGCCUCUGCUAGACGAGCAACGGAAGAAAAUGAAAGCUGUGGCAAGGCAAGCGGACAUCCUAUCACCUGUUUAUGAAACGGAUUAUGACAAAGGCGACGGCGAUGAUGACUCACUAAAAGCAUCAAAGGUUGCUUGGAGAGGAGUCGCCGAGCUUAUGGCCUGCGACGUGGGCGUGCAUCAGGUCGCACAUCUCAUGUGUGACGCCAGUACUACUCAGAAGUACUAUAGUUACAACUGGAGAGGCCAGUUGAUGGGUGAGAUAGCGCCUAUGGUCAGAAAGGAGACUCAUGGCACUGUCGAGUCUCGGCUCGCAAGCGGUAGCCUCGAUGCCGAAUGGAUCGUGACCUGGAUUAAGAUACAGUGUCGUAUGCUCGAGUGGGCACGAGACGCCGACCCUUCACAGCUGAUGCGUGUCAUUGGCAAACUCUCCCUGGACGACGUAUCUCGCGAGUGCACAUACGACGUCCUGGACUUUCUUAGGGAUCUCGGUAUGUAUACCGAGCUCAAGCACUGUCAGGAGCGUCUGCUCAGAGCUGAGGAGGCAUGGUUCGAGUGCGCGAUGCUGCAAGUACGUGACUCAUCUGACCCGGGAACGUCACCUCAUCUAGAGUCUUCGUCUGCAGGUCCCGACAAGGAGGACUCGGGAGACACCCGGAGAGUUCCUGAUGACUCAGGAGACACCCGGGGAGGUUCUCAUGAUGGCGGGAGAAAUGAGUGGGAAUCUCCCUUUAAUCCAGAAUUGAGCGGUUGGUGUUAA